AUGAUAAAAGAAAACAAUAAUUACUAUGCUUUAAAUCUAUUUAAAUUAUAGUAUUUAAACUAAUUCAUUAGAAAUUAAGUCAAAUGUUUAUUAUUUAGUUUCUGUAAUUAGGCUACACUGGUUUGAAACCACGUCACUACGUUGUCACUGGUUGUCAUGGUGACGUGCCACUAUAAAAACCAAAUUCCACUAUUCUAACUUCAUUCUGCACCUGAACUGCUGACAGGAGCUGAAACUGUGACACCAAAUGGUGAAUUGUUGACCUGUGAAAAUAAGAAGUUGAUAAACUGUGGAAAGCUGAGUAAGCAGCUGUUGAAGUGAGGAAAACAUGGCCUCCUCUGGUUUACACCGAGAGAAACACCUGCUGACUUUAGGCAUCCUCCGUGUGGAUGAACGAUAUACUAACCUGCCGAGGCCAGGACCAAUCCUUCAACUGUUUCUUACAAACCUACGAAACCGACCUCUGAGAGCUGCGAACAUCAAGUCGAUGAGGGAGUCCAUACUCAGCAUGUAUCACAGCCUAAUCAGCGGUUCUAAGAGUUUCCCUGUAAUUCCCUUCAAAGGAUACCUGAGUUCAGUUCAGACGGUCACACCCUUUGUCCAGACUGAGCAGGAGCAGAGAGAGAACAACACGCCAUCUCCUUUAACAGACGCACCAGCAGGUGUGAUGGUGCCAGCUGCAGACUCCAGCUCUUCUCCUCCAACUAUGAUGACUCCAGUUCUUCCUGAGAGGACGGCGAUGGCAGCCCUGAAGGCAGACCGUAGGAACUGUGUCCGCAACAUGGAUCUUGAUGGCAGCACUUUCACCAGAGUCAUCUCCACUGUUUACCGCUCCGAUAGCACUGAGAGGGCCAACUGCUGGAGAGUGACCGACUACAGCACCGACGGCCACGUUCUGAUGUCAGCGCUCUGUCAGUUUACCAAAAACUCGGCACAGUGUGCAAAGACUUCCGCGCUGAGGAAGAGGAAGGUGACAGAGGAAGAGAGCAGCCUGUCUGCACCAAAGAAGCGCUUGAGACUGUGAUUGGAAGACCUAUAGGCUUCUAUUGUACAUUUGUAUAUAGUUUGUAUAUAGUUGGUUCAUCACUGGUGUGGUACAUAGGUCAGUGUUUGUGGUGCGUCUUGCACCGGUGCGUCCUGCACCUUUCUUUAUUUCUUUAUGCUGGCCUGUGCAUCCAACACGGUGGGAACUAUGAUUGAUUGUAUGAGCUCUCUUCAAAGAGGACUCAGGACAUUUUGAUUGUAUUUUUUCCAUGCAAGAUGAGUUGGAAACUCAUCCAGGAUUUUCCUACACCUCUUGCCCAGUGUGUGUAGACGGGCACCAGUCCACCUGUGACCUUCAACAGCAAAAGCGGUUUAGAUGGAUUUUCUUCUUGUCCUCUAAAGCCAUUAAUAUCCUUGGAUGUGUUUUCUGGAACCAGAAAUACAUUCCACUUUAUAUAAUGGGGCUGACUCCUCACCAGUUAAAAUCAAGCUUCAAAUUUAAGCCUAAACUGGGAAUGAGAAGGCCAGUCACAACAGGGAUUAUUAUGGCUGUAGGGACAGUGACAAAACUGGCAACGCUGCUGUUAUCCACCAAAACAGGCAGGUGGACAAGGAAGGACAAGUCAAUAGGAGAAUCCCAUGAUGACAGGAACAGCAAGAGGCCAGUGAAGAUAUGAACCCACCACCUGCUUGUCUCCCAGUUAACUGGAGCAACCAGCAGUGGAAAGGGUGAAAACACUUGGCUGUGACAUUCUGACCUGUGAAGGAAGAUGGAUUUUGCUUUUACACAUCACCAAAAGUCAACAAAUUGUUGUCUUUAAGAGAAAAGAGGCGAGACGAGAAGAGACAAGAGAAGAGGAUGCAACGCCCUGCACUACAAACCCUCAUUUCAAAUGACAAAUAUACAUUUAUUUGAUUGUUGAUUUCUGUUGUUCUGAGGUUAGUAACUAUUCUCCCUUAUGUGCCAUUUGUCUUUUAGAGAGAAGAGAGGAGUCGAGAUGAGACGAGGAAACAAGGAGACAGUGUUUUGUGAUUGUUCUCCUUCAAAAAGAUAAAUAUGAUUUUUUUUCUAUGUCAUUAUCUUCUACAGAUGAAUAGUUCUUCUGGUUGCUGGAGUUGUUCAUUAACUAUUAUUUCCCAUUUUCUGCCAUUUGUCUUUUAGAACGGAGAAGAAGAAACAAAAGACCAGAUCAGACAAGCAGAGAGGAGAGGAGACAGCAUGCAUUGUGAACCUUCUCAUAUAAAAAGAUAAAUAUACAUUUAUUCUGUGUUUUUAUCAGAAUCAAUAUGUCUUCUGUUAAUGUCAUUGCUGAACUGUUAUUCCCCUUAUCUGCCUUUUGUCUUUUAGAGAGAGGAGAGCUAACAACACGAAGACUCAAGAAGAAGACAAGUGGAGAGGAGAUAUCAUGCAUAGUGAAACCUCUCAUGAAAAAAGAUAAAUAUACAUUUAUUAUCUCAUACUCAGAAUUUCUGUACUGAUCAAUAGUUCUUUUGUUGCUGAAUUUAUUAAGUGUUAUUUUUCCUUGUCUGUCUACUUUUUUGUUGUUGUAUAAAGUUACAUAAUUCUGUUCAGUAAGACCUCUGAAACUAUGUCAAAAAAAUAUGCUUAGCUUCGAAAAUUCCACCAAACAGUCAUCAUGUCUGGAGAGACUUUUUUUGCUAACUUCCUGUAAAGAGGCGAACUGAAAAGGCACACUAUUUUAAGACAGAACGACAUCUAGUGGAUUCUUUUUUUAGCAUAAGAUACCUAAACCGAUUGGUAGAGAUGCCUCAAUCAAGAACAUUAAAGGGUUAAAGCCACAAAGUUUUUGUUCUAGUGGUGAUCUUAAAAGUUUCCAAACUACCAAAUAUAAUAGACUGAAUUUUGAGUAAAUGUGUAUAAAAUGAUGCAUAAGACAACUAGAAUAGAUAAAAAACAUGGGGUCUUAGGUUUGUAUAUUUCCCUCAGUAUAAACAACAUAUAGCUUGAGACAGACAUACUGUACAAUUCAUAUACUUUAUGUGAUCAUACAGUGAGAGAAUCUUUUUUCUUUUGGCUAAAUCCAUGAUCCAAACAUAUACCAAAGGCUAACUGAAUAUCAAAACACAACUUCUGACCUGCCAUCAGUAUCAAACUGACAGCACUUUCAAUAGCUGGACUAACACUAGACAAUAAAUAAAUGUUGGUACCGACUGUCA